AUGGCUCAACCUGCGGAGAAAGCUUAUUAUCGGUUCGUGGUGCUGUUCUUCAACUGUCUGCUGACGUUUGGAUCCUACUUCUGCUUUGACAUGCCGAGUGUUUUGCAAGAUCAGUUCCAAGGGAAUCUGACCUGCCCCAACACCACCGGGACCAACUCCACCACGGACUGUGUGGAGGGACUCGGCAUGAGCCCUCAGGAGUACAACUUGCUCUACGCCAUCUACGCCUGGACGAACGCCAUCGUGGUGAUAAUGGCCGGCUUUCUGAUCGACAAACUGGGAAACCGCUUCGGAGUCUUUCUCUUCUCCUUCCUGUGUGUUCUGGGCUCCUCCCUGUUUGCCUUGGGGUCCCACUUCAAAGGGACCCCGUAUCUUCUGCCCCUCAUGCUGACGGGACGGCUGCUUUUCGGCUCCGGCAACGGCUCUCUCACCAUCGUUCAGAACCGGAUCACGGCGUUCUGGUUCAAGGGGAAGGAGCUGGCGUUGGCGUUCGGCCUGACCCUGGCCUUCUCUCGUCUGGGGUCGGUGCUGAACUUCUUCUUCACGCAGAUGUUUGAAGAAGGGUUUGGCAUGCAGUGGACGCUCUGGGGAGGGGCGUUUCUGUGCGUCCUUGGCUUCACCUCGGCCGUCAUUGUGAGUUCCCUGGACAAGGUUGGAAUUAAGCAGCUGGGUCUGGACGGCGCCAUUCAAGAGGAGUCUAGAAAAGUGAGGAUUCAAGACGUGAAGCUGCUCUCGCUGAGAUACUGGCUGCUGGUUCUCACCAUUAUGUUUUUCUACAACGGAAUCUUCCCAUUCAUUGCGGAUGCCAGCAAGUUCAUCCAGGACAAGUACAGUGACUACAGUCAGAAGGAGGCCUCGUACAUCGCAGGAGCAGUGUACGACUCCUCUCUGGUCCUGUCCGCCAGCGUGGGAAUCCUCAUCGAUUUCGUGGGUCUGCGUGGAGUUUUCGCCGUGGCUUGUGCCGUCUUCACGCUGCCUGUUUUCGGUCUGCUGGCGUUCACUUUCGUCCCUCCCCUCGUGUCCACCGUUUGGCUGGGAGUCACCUACUCUUUUGCCGCAGCGAGCAUGUGGCCAUCCAUCCCCCUGGUGGUUCCUCAGGCAACCUUAGGGACCGCCAUGGGCCUCGCUACGUCUAUUCAGAUGAUUGGAAUCGGUGUGUCCAAUCUGGUUGUCGGGCAGAUUUUAGGAUCCAAAUCAAGUGAUAAGAUUCCAUUGUGGCGUUGGCAGAGAAUGAUGAUCUUCAUGUUGGCCAAUACGAUCGGCUGUAUUAUCACCUCUGUGCUGCUGAAUAUUGUGGACCACAGACAGGGAGGUAUUUUGAACAAGAUGACCAAAAAAUCAGCACAGACGGAGAGAGAGGAGGACACAGAGACGCUGAACCCCGAACUGGACCAAACCGACGAAGAAGAGAAUCCACAACAUUCAAUCAAUUAA